AUGUCUUCAUUGAUGACGAUCACUCAACAAGAUGCUUCACUGCAGAAGGACCCAGUUCCGAUGAAAAAAGAGAAAGCUCCUCCAUCAUACAAUGGACAUGUUGUUUUUAACGAACUUAACCAGCCGAUCAUCAAACUGAAUCGAUUGUACAACACACAGAGCUCCGAAAAACGAACGAAUCAAUAUUAUGCCGAGAAAUAUAAAACAUACUACCAAUCGUUGUAUUACUCAAAGUUCAUAGAAUCAAAAGAAAGAGAGAAACGAAAGUUGUUUCCUGUUGAAAAGAAGAAAAAGACACCUUUUGAAACUUUAAGUACUGCUUUUAGCAGAAAACUUGUUGAGGAUUACAAAAACACGAGAAAGGAAUCAAAGGCCUUUAAACCGAGUCUAGAAGAAAUUAGACUUGAAAGGGAACGAAAAUUAGAACUCGCCAAGCAACAUUAUAUCAACGAAGAGUUUUCUGAAGCAGUUGCUUUAUUUCAUGAGUGUGUCAAUGAGGGCAUGACGACUGCUGAAAAUUAUUCACUGUAUGGAGAGACGUUAUGGAGAAUUGGAAAUUAUGAAGAAGCGUUGCAACAGUUAAGCAUUUGUAUAAGCAUGGACCCUCAUAUAUCGUCCGCAUACUACAUUAGGGGUGAUUGUUAUGUUCACUUACAAGACUACGACAAAGGAAGGCGUGAAUUUGAAAAAUACUUGAAAAUUGAACACCCUACUAAAACAGUUUUAGUUAGUUUGGGUAAAUGUUGUUCAACUUUAAGAGACUUGCGAGGUGCAUUUGACAGCUUUAAUAGAAUAAUUACAGAGGUUGACAGUCAAGACCCAUACAUUUAUUUCUUAAGAGGGGAUAUUUUAUAUCAAAUGGGCCAGAGGGAAGAAGCACUGAAUGACUUUCAGAAACUUAGAGAAAUAGACCCAAUGUUUUGUAAACAAUACGAAAUAUCUGCCAAAAAUUGCGAAGAAGCAGGAGAGAUUGCUGAAGCUUUAUCAAUUUAUGAAGCUCUUGUAAAAAUUCAACCUGCCAACAUGGAAUAUUUAGCCCAUUACGGCCAUUUAUUUGUCGCACUGGGUCGAACCGAGGAGGCUUUGGUUUGGUUCUCCAAAUGCAUUGAGAAAAAGCCAUUAGAGAACCCUUCCUUACUUGCAGAUGCAUACGUCACAAAGUCAAUUAUUCUAACGGAGCAAAAUGAGAUAGAAAAGGCAUUGUUCACCCUUAACAUUGGCAUUGGAGACCUGCCAGACGAACCUUCAUUGUACAAAUGUAGAGGCACUUGCCACAUGCUGCUUAAUUUAACCACAGAGGCCAAAGAGGAUUUUGAAACAUUAUUACAACUUGAUUUAAAGAAAGCACAUGUCGAUGGAUUCAUCUACAAAUUUUUGGCGGAAUACUAUUUUGAACGAAGGGAUAACAUGGAACAAGCCUUGGAACACUUUUUACAAAGCUCAAAAAUUGGAUUUUUAAAAGGACUAUGGGCCUCGCGCAAGGAAGAACUCGAAAGAAGCAAAUUCGGGCAGUACACUCAGCCAUUAAUUGAAGAAACUCAAGCACAGUUAGCAUGUUGUUUACUUGUUGCUCAAACAAAGUCCGACAGAAUGCUAGAAUCUCCUAUCGACCUUGAGGAAGAAGCUAAGAAAGCCAAGCAUCCUCAAAAGAAAGACAAGAAACCAGAAAAGAUACCCUCACUGUUUGACAUGGCUGCAAGCGUAUUCAUGAAAAAAUACAACACACCAGACAAAGAAGUGCCCUAUCUCCCAACCCAACUUGAGAGUAAGCUCUUUCGAAUUUAUAAAGAUAGGUAUGCUGCAACAACGACACGAACCAGCAACUCAAGAGGUGCAACACGAAAGUAA